UGUUGGGAUUUGCUAUUGAACGGAUGAGCGUUCGUUGUGCGGCCGUCUGCAGGACGUGGGUACAGUUCUGGGGGCUGGGGCCCCUCUGACUUUUAAGUAGCAAUGGAGACGAAGGGAGGCACGCAGCGUCAAGGCUGAUUCUGCAGGAAGUGUGGGGUGCGGGGCCCAGAGCCCCGGGAUAAACCGGAGCCUGGAGCAAGAAGAGCGCGGCCCUCGGUGGGAUAUACAAGCAAGCCGAAGUGGGCCGGAAUAGAGCGAAACCCGAAGUGCUUGGACCAGGAGACAACAGUGCAGGACCUGUGCAAAUUAUACCAUUAAUGCACAGAAAUAAUGUGGACAUAUUUGUAUGAAGAUAUGGAAAAAGCGGCACAUAAAAUAUUGAUGUUCAUGCAAAUACAGAUGCCUGUUGAAGAGCAGAAGUUCUACACAGACACGAAUUGAAUUUACAUUACCUGCCUGCUUCAAACAUGGAUGAGCAGGAAGCUUUAAAGUCCAUCAUGAAGGACCUUGUUGCCCUGCAAAUGGGACGAAGGAGUCGAAUGAGUGGCUAUGAUAGUGUGAAGAGCAAGGGCAACACCCAUGCUAAUAAACAGAAUGAUGUCCGAAUAAAGUUUGAACAUAAUGGUGAAAGAAGAAUCAUACAGUUCAGCCGGCCAGUCAAAUAUGAGGAACUGCACCAGAAAGUCAAGACGGUAUUUGGACAACAAAUGGACUUAAACUACACAAACAAUGAGUUACUAAUUGCUUUACGAAGCCAGGAUGAUCUUGAUAAAGCCAUUGACCUGCUUGAUCGAAGUUUCAGCAUGAAGAGUCUGAAAAUUUUGCUUGUAGCUCAGGAGAAAAACCAUACAUCACAUGCGCCUCCAGCUGUUACCAAACAGGUCCGUAUUAAGGCCUCUCAAUCUGUCGGAGACAUUCUUAGCACCAUCUACCAGCCACCAGAAUCUCGUGGCAGGCAUCUCUCUGUUAGUUCUCAGAACACCGGUCGAAGCUCACCGCCCCCAGGAUAUGUUCCAGAGCGACAGCAGCGGAUAGCUCGCCAAGGAUCCUACACCAGCAUUCAUAGUGAGGGGGAGUUCAUACCUGAGAACAUGGAACAGUGUAUAUAUGAGCCUCAGAGCAGUACUGAAAACUCAAUAUCAAGCAGCUGCCAGUCUUUGGAUAGACGAGCGGAAAGUCCAUCAUAUCGGAAGUCUCGUAUGUCCAGAGCGCAGAGCUACCCUGACAACAGACAACUAUACUUGGAUCGUGAAAAUCAUGUUCCAGAUAAGGCUGGAAAAGGAGGGACCUAUCCCCGACAUUUCCACAUACCACUACACCAAAAGGAUUAUGGUGACGGGCGGAGAACGUUUCCGAGAAUUCGCCGACAGCAGGGGAACUUGUUCACUCUUGUGCCAUCCAGUCGGUCACUAAGUACAAAUGGAGAGAACAUGGGUUUAGCAGCUCAGUACAUGGACAGCCGAGGGAGAAUCCGCAGCGGAGACAGUGAAAGCACGCUCUCAGUACAGGAGAGGAAUGUUUCCACUAAAUCCCCAAGUGCACCUACCAACUGGAGAAGAGGGAAACUGCUCGGUCAGGGAGCAUUUGGACGUGUAUAUCUCUGUUACGAUGUAGACACAGGAAGGGAACUUGCUGCAAAGCAGGUUCAGUUUGACCCUGACAGUCUUGAGACCAGCAAGGAAGUAAGCGCUUUGGAGUGUGAGAUCCAGUUACUGAAGAACCUGCAGCAUGAGCGGAUAGUGCAAUACUAUGGCUGCCUGCGUGAAAAAGCAGAGAGGACUCUUUCGAUUUUCAUGGAGUAUAUGCCUGGGGGCUCCGUUAAGGACCAACUGAAAGCAUAUGGAGCACUGACUGAGAAUGUGACCCGAAAAUACACCAGGCAGAUUCUAGAGGGGGUGUCAUACCUCCACAGUAAUAUGAUUGUACAUCGGGAUAUAAAAGGAGCUAACAUCCUGCGAGAUUCUGCAGGAAAUGUAAAGCUGGGUGACUUUGGAGCAAGCAAACGACUGCAGACAAUAUGCAUGUCAGGGACAGGGAUUCGCUCAGUCACUGGGACACCGUACUGGAUGAGCCCAGAGGUUAUCAGUGGUGAAGGCUAUGGAAGGAAAGCCGAUGUGUGGAGCCUGGGAUGUACAGUGGUGGAGAUGCUUACAGAAAAACCUCCCUGGGCAGAGUAUGAAGCGAUGGCUGCCAUUUUCAAAAUUGCCACUCAGCCGACAAAUCCCCAGCUGCCUCCUCACAUUUCAGAUCACUGCAAGGACUUCCUGAAGAAAAUAUUUGUGGAUGCCAAGCAAAGGCCAUCAGCAGAGGAGCUCUUCAGAAACCCAUUUGUGCAGAUCACUCACUGAGUCUGGAACUAGGAUGCUUUGUUCAAACAGAAACUGUCUUUUGAUUAUUAUGCCCUGCACUCUCAGUAACUCCGAUCUUAAUGAGAGUGCUUGUGCCCAUGGUAAUCUCUUAGUCCUGUGGGUAUAGUGUAAAUGAAAAGAGUAGCUGGACCUGCAGGGUUCUUGAUGCUCCAGUGUUCCAAAGAAUCACCUCUCAACACUUGUUUCACCGGAGGAAGGUUGGAUAGGGUGUCACAUUUGGACGGAGCAUUGGAGAAGCUCAAUUAAACUUUGUGGUAUUACAUGGAGCUAGAGAAUAUAGCUGUCUUACUAAGUAUGCUAGAUCCUUGUACAUAGUGGAAGUUACCCAGCUUGUCCAAGCAAUAUAUUGAACUCUUACAAACUGCCUUUUCAAGUCUCCGUCCACCAGUCUCCAGCUAGGGUUCUUCAUUAUAGACGGAGCUUUCUACCAGGAGCUGUACUUUAGGUAUUCUAGUUGGACUCUGCUACAGAAAUUCCAUCUAUUUCUGUCAAAAUCAUGCUUCUAAAGGAGGUGAUAUAUUAUUUGUGUGCGUUUGUGUAUGAUAGUUGUAUGUGUGAGUCUUACAUGCACAUACAUACACACAAAUACACACCCUACAUAAGUGCACAUGCAUGUACAUAUAUACACACACACACACACACACACACACCAAAGUCUGAUUUAUUUUUUUCUAUUUUGUCCAACCUUGAAUGUCCUUGAUUUGAUGAGAUUUGGAUCAAGUUAAACCACACUGUGGUUACUAACCGUCGAAUAACUGGUUGGCGCCUAAAGAAUUCAACAGUUCUGGAAUCGGUUGUGCUUUAACGCUGUAUUCAGUCUCCAUGCUGUGGGUGAGAGGGGCAGUUCAUUUAUUGCACAUGAUAAAGGUGCUAAUUCUCCACAAACUGUAAGAAAUGGAUUUACUCCCCGAUUUUCACCCCGUGCCUUCAGGUUAUUCUGUUUUUUUUUUGAAAGAGAAAUUGUAAUUUCUUACUUCUUGAUCUGCCAAUGAAUCAUACAGUUCAACAAAGUAAUGACACUGAAAUUAAUUUUAGAACUUGAGACUGUUAAUGACUCCAUGCAGCAAUGGAGCAGUAACCUCACUGAGUGUUGCCUUUUCUGUAACGGAAUUGCAACAUUGCUGACAGUUCUUGGCGGUUUCUCUGGUAUCUGCAAUUAGUGAUGGGCAAUUUGACAGUGCAAUCAGUGUUGCAGUUUUAUAUUAAGGAUUCCCACAGUGUACCUAAACACAAUUGCUAAGAAAUCAUGCAGACAAUAGUCUCAAUGAUCUCCUAAUCCUAAAUAUGCUUGUGAUCUUCUUCUGUGAUGAAGUUAUUGCCCUAUCAUUAUUCUUAGCCAAGGUUGUUAACGUUCCUAAAAGUACAUUGAAGAUGGUACUUACAGCACUUAUACAAUAGUAUUAGAUAGUGAUCAGUGACACUGUCAUGUUUUGAAUACCCAGGUGGUCUAGAUUUGAUGUCAUUGAUAGCCUCACUACAAAUACCAAUCUUUGUCCAGUUAAGAAAUGAGUUGCUUUAAGCUAAAUGUCACCAGAGGACAGAAGUAAGAGUUGUAAUAAUUGCUCAUUUGAGUUUGAGACUUUCUCCAUUUAGUGUGUUAAUUAUGACAUGUUGCAAACAUCAUCCUAGCUGAGACUGGCAGCCUUUUGUCAGUUGAGACACAUCUGCAGACUGGAUGACCAAUUUACAGAUCACCAACAUUCUUUCCACAAUAGCCAUUGUAAGUUCCCUAUCCCCCGUUUAUGUCCCCCCCCCCCACUCCUUCCUGGUUCCAUCUGCUCUUCAAUUGUUCCCCUAGUUGUUCCCGUUGUCAGGUUCCAACACAAGUAGCUCUUGUGUCCCUGCUUCUCCCCUUCCAGCCUCUCUCUGUCUGCACCUUUAUCCUGCCAUUUAGCCGCCUGGCACAUUCUGCUUCCCCACCCCAGCCUUUCCUUCCAUUUUCCAUCCAUCUGCUUCUCCCAGCUCCAUCCCUUCCCCUCCAUCUUCCCAUGAUCUUUCACCCCUCCUCAGUCCACCAAUCAACGGCUGCCCUCUCCUCCUCUCUUCUUUCCACCAGCCAUAUCCUCUCUUCACCCUCGGUCCUGACGCAGGGUCUCGACCAGAAACAUCGACAAUUUCUUCCCAUUUCCACAGAUGUUUCGCAAUCCAUUGUUCUUCCAGCAACUUUUUCUGUGAAGCCUUUCAAACCACGAUCUAUCUGCACACUACAGUUUUUGUUUUCAGCAAAUGGAUGUUGGUCAGAAAUCUAUUUGUGAUGUGAUCUCUCCUGUGGCCAGACUUUAAGGGACCCUUGUGGCAGCUGAACAGCCAGGCUUGAGGAAAUUACUUGCACACAAUGUUGACUUAACUUUAUUGCUUAAAGGAAGUGUCCCAGAUCUGAUUAUUUUGUUUCUUGAAAAUAACUGAUCCCAAGAUCUCCACUGGUCAACGUUUGUUUUGUAAUCUCCAUUUAGUCAUAAAACUUAAUGCUGUACAUCAGCAGUUGCUCACGUUUAAAAAUUGCAUUGGAAGUUUUGCAAUGAUUUCAGAGAUGGAUGGCAAUUCUUCAAACCAGUUCUUUAAACUUCAUUACCCACGCCCCCCCCCCAAGAAAAUACCUAGUUCUCCAAUGUUGGUGACUGUUCAGUCCCAAAUAUUCUCAUCAUGAUUGUACCGGAGAUGUUGCCCAUCACUAGAACCAGUUUUAAAAUUGAGUUAUAGAACAAAUGGACAGAGAACUCUCUCCCAUUUUCUGAAUAAGGUGGCUAUCAACUGCUAUCAGCUCUGUGAAGAUGCACUUUCUUGAAUGUAUUUUGUACUGAACUUAUUUUUUAGCUUUCUCUUUGCUGAUGUAAUUUAUGCCUCUUAUACUUUUAUUUUAUUUUUUAUUUAUGAGAGAUGCUAUUUGUUUUUAUAUAUGUAUGUAUAUAUGUCUAUAUAUACAUAUAUAUAAGACUCAAAACUUGCAUAAAUCUAAUGCAAAUAUGGUGCCUUUAAGAAAAAAGCAGCUGGUUUUGCAGAUAUUGGUGGGAGACUUUUUAAGUAUGUUCUGUGCAGCCCAGCAUAUUUGGGAAGUAAUUUUCACCAAAUUGGGAAAGAAGCUGAGAGUGCUGACAGCACAGGUUUCUGCAAUCUUGUACAGAUACAGGUUGCAUAUUAACUUUGCUUGUCAGUGCAACAAGCAUGUUACAAAAUUAAAAUUAUUAUGCCAUAAGAAUUAUGAGAACAGAAAUUUGGAAACUAAUAAUUAAGAGAUGUAAGUGUAUCUUUUCACUCUGUUUUUGGAAGCCCAUUCAACACAGAUCACUGUAAGAUGAUAGGCAGACUUUCAUGUUAUAGUUGAUACCAGAAUGAACAGCUUUCCUUGUCCACUUCAUCAUGAAACUAGCUCAAUCCAAAGGGUUGACUCCAGUGAUCUCUCUUGUCAAUGUGACUGAUCUCUCUAUGGCCUGUCCCCUGUACUAACACUUUACUCACUAUCCCACAGCCACACUGUAUAAUUCUUAUUCUAUAAAAACAUAUCCUCUCAACUUCAGAAACUCCCUCAAGACCUAUCCAAGGACACCUUUGAUUAUCUCAGAAAUUUAUUAAACAUUCAAAGGUUUUUGGGUUCACCUAAAUAUUAAAUCUAUUUCUCUUUUCACAUAUACUGCCUGAUCUGAGUUUUUCUAGCAUCUUCUGUUUUUAGUUCAGAUUUCCAGCAUAUGUAUUUUUCUAGAUAUUAAUUUCUUCUAACUCUACAUGCUCAGAUUUGCAUAAUUGGUGUUCUUGCUUCUGAGGCAAAAGUUUUUGGGUUUAAGUUCAACUCCAAAGAACUAAGCAAACUAAAGCAGGGUGGAGCAGCAAGAAGUGUUGCAUGGUUUGCGACACUGGCUUGUGGAUAAGAUGUUAAAAGUGUUUUCUUGAAUGUGUAUAAAAGAUUUUCAGAGCAUUACUUCAAAGAAGUGUAAGAAAUUAGCCAUAGUUUCAGGUGAAGAUUCUCUAUCAAUCUACAUCCUCUGCUCACUAUCACAUUGAUACAGUGGCAUGCAAAAGUUUGGGCACCCCGGUCGAAAUUUCUGUUGUGAAUAGCUAAGCAAGUAAAAGAUGAACUGAUUUUCAAAAGGCAUAAAGUUAAAGAUGACACAUUUCUUUAAUAUUUUAAGCAAGAUUACUUUUUUAUUUCUAUCUUUUACAGUUUCAAAAUAACAAAAAAGGAAAAGGGCCCGAAGCAAAAGUUUGGGCACCCUGCAUGGUCGGUACUUAGUAACACCCCCUUCGGCAAGUAUCACAGCUUGUAAACGCUUUCUGUAACCAGCUAAGAGUCUUUCAAUUCUCGUUUGGGGGAUUUUCACCCAUUCUUCCUUGCAAAAGGCUUCUAGUUCUGUAAGAUUCUUGGGCCGUCUUGCAUGCACUGCUCUUUUGAGGUCUAUCCACAGAUUUUCGAUGAUGUUUAGGUCGGGGGACUGUGAGGGCCAUGGCAAAACCUUCAGCUUGUGCCUCUUGAGGUAGCCCAUUGUGGAUUUUGAGGUGUGUUUAGGAUCAUUAUCCCGUUGUAGAAGCCAUCCUCUUUUCAUCUUCAGCUUUUUUACAGACUGUGUGAUGUUUGCUUCCAGAAUUUGCUGGUAUUUAAUUGAAUUUGUUCUUCUCCCUACCAGUGAAAUGUUCCCUGUGCCACUGGCUGCAACACAAGCCCAAAGCAUGAUCAAUCCACCCCUGUGCUUAACAGUUGGAGAGGUGUUCUUUUCAUGAAAUUCUGCACCCUUUUUUCUCCAAACAUACCUUUGCUCAUUGCGGCCAAAAAGUUAACUUCAUCAGUCCACAGGACUUGUUUCCAAAAUGCAUCAGGCUUGUUUAGAUGUUCCUUUGCAAACUUCUGGCGCUGAAUUUUGUGGUGUGGACACAGGAAAGGUUUUCUUCUGAUGACUCUUCCGUGCAGGUCAUAUUUGUGCAGGUGUCGCUUCACAGUAGAACACUCCAGAGUCUGCUAUAUCUUCCUGAAGGCCUUCUGCAGUUAAACGGGGGUCUUGAUUUGCCUUUCUAGCAAUCCUGCAAGCAGUUCUCUCGGAAAGUUUUCUUGGUCUUCCAGACUCAACUUGACCUCCACCAUUCCUGUUAACUGCCAUUUGUUAAUUACAUUACAAACUGAGGAAACGGCUACCUGAAAACGCUUUGCUAUCUUCUUAUAGCCUUCUCCUGCUUUGUGGGCAUCAUUUAUUUUAAUUUUCAGAGUGCUAGGCAGCUGCUUAGAGGGGCCCAUGGCUGCUGAUUGGUGGGACAAGGUUUGAGGAGUCAGGGUAUUUAUAAAGCUUUGAAAUUUGCAUCACCUGGCCUUUCCUGAUGAUGACUGUGAACAAGCCAUAGCCCUAACAAACUAAGUAAGGUCUGAGACUUUGGUAAAAGUUAUCUGAGAGCUCAAAUCUCUUGGGGUGCCCAAACUUCUGCAUGGUGCUGCUUUCCUUUUUUUCACUCUAAAAUUGUACAAAACAAAAAUAAUACACUAAUCUUGCUUAAAAUGUUGAAAAGAAUGUUUCAUCUUUAACCUUAUGACUUCUGGAGAUCAGUUCAUCUUCUACUCACUUAACUAUUCACAGUAACAGAAAUUUUGACCGGGGUGCCCGAACUUUUGCAUGCCUCUGCAUGUACGUGAGCUUGCUGUACACAAAUUGGUCACUCUGUGUUAGAGCAGCUUCUGCAUAUCAGAAGCUGAAGUAGAGCAAAGAACUGGACAAGGAAAGAUGCCCAUUCAUUCUCCUUAAACUGAAGUCUUUUUGCUUUUCUCAUAUCUAUUUAUUCCACCUCUAUACCCCAUGCAAUAAACUGAAAUGUCUUGUGACAUUUAAGACACCCAAUUUAGAGUAGUAAUAAUUAAGUACUGAAGAAGCAGGAAAACAGUAGCUCAAUCUUUCGUACAAGUCUCUUCCUGUACUUCCCUGUAGAACAGCAAAAGCCAUCACUUCCAAGCUCUCAUUCAUUUUUCAAAGUUUUGAAAGGUUGAGUACUUUUUUUAUAUAUAAACCCCUGUAAUGCUCAACAGCUGUUGGCAGGAAAGAGGAACAGUUUAUUCCUGGCAUUUAGCAGCCCACACCCUGGUCUGUACAGAACUUCUACGUAAAGUCUUCAGCCACAUUGGCAUGGCAGGGAGCUCUCUGUCAAACUCAAAGAAGCACGAAAGGCUUGCGGUGCAGAGCCACUCUAUUGUUUAUAAAAUAAUGCCACAUCAUUUUACAUAUUUUAAUAAGUGGAAAUACAUUUAUACAGUUUAAUUUUUUUCCAGAUGUCUAUUUUUCAGGAUACUUGAAUGUUUUCAUUGAAAAUAGAGACAGCCAAGGUUGGUCUACUUUUUCUUUAACCUUUUGGCACCAAUUUCUCUCUGGCAUAACUGUUCUGAAGUGUCUGUUUUAACUGUGACAUUAAUUCAGAUGUCCAAGUUUUCUUCAGUUGGAUUGUCUAAGCUGCCUUUGAGAGGACGUGCCAAACUGCAGGCUCUCCUGCUCUCAUACUGUAACCUUUGAACCCUUAUAAACACUUCAAGUCCAGAAACUGCUUAUACAUUUGGAGUAUUCAUCAGACACAUGCUCUGAUUUUUAAAAUUUAUUUCAGAGGCGACAGGAACUGGAGGUCAUUUUUGGGACUGCCUUAGCCCAACAGGUCACAGACAGAGGAAAUAUUGUGAACAUACUGCUCUGCAGCCCAGCAUGGGUACAUUUUGUUGUUGGGGUACCUAGAGGUUUGUGUAAUCAGAGCUUCCUUUUACAGCCCCAAGCCUAUGGCAACCAGAGACUUAAAUAGAAGGCUCACAAAAGCAGGUGUCAGGUGAUUAUAAGCAUUUGAAUCAAUAUGUAGUCUUCAUUUAAUUCGGUGCUUCAAUUGGUAUUGGACACUUGCAAGGCCUGAGAAGAGAAUCUUUUGAGCCGCUGAUGAAGCUUCUCUGGAUGGUGUGACGCAGCACUGGAUGGAGCAUUGAAUUUGGAGAUCUAGUGUGCACAAAUCCCCUCAGUUUUAUUCCAGUGGGAAUUGUCUGAGCAGAAGCAAGGCAUUUCUGCAUGAAUUUUGGGGUGGCAAGUUGGGCAGUCAUUACAUUAAGCUGCAUACUUGGCUGGGCAGAGACCUGCAGAAUUUUGGAUGAGAGGCAUCAAAACAGCACUUGCAGCUUCUAGGGAAGCAAAUUGUCGUCCUCUGGACAAGUUGAAAUACUCACUUUGCAAAGUAAAAUGACAAUAAUAUAUAGUAAACUGUAAAUGUGUGAAGAAAUCAUGUGCCUUCAAAGGCCUGUUUCUGACUAAAUGUGUGAAUUUCUCAGUGUAUAUUUUAAUACCAAAAGUGCCCUGGUUUAGAAGAGCCAACAGCAGAUGGUGCUGCUGUCGGUGCCCAAAUAUAUAUAUAUAUUCACAAAGCCAAAGACAAUUGCAUAGAUGAGCCUGAACUGUAGUUUGAAUCCUUUCCUGACUUCAUCCCCGCCCUGUCCACUAAACAUCUUACAGGUGGGUUAGCUGCUGGAGAAUGUUGAGAGCCAUUCUCCCAUUUUCUCCUAUGGAAAAAGAAUGUGUGCACCUGGAGAAGUUUGUUUCAAUGUGACUGCAAAACUGUAACAUGAGUGUGAAUCAAUAUCUGAAGCUGAAACGUUUAAACACAACACCUGGAUGUACUUCCUUAUCAGACUUAUUUGUAACAAGUAGUUGGGAGAAAGAGACACAGACACACACAGACACAGACACUCCUCAAAAUCCGCCAUAGUUUUGGUAGGGUGCAAUGACCCUGCAAGAUGCAAUUUCUGAAGUGUUAGGCGUAUGGAUACACGAUUCAGCAAACUCGCGUGUGCUUUUACUGCAUUCCAGAAUCAGAAACUUAAGUUGUGUGUCAUAUAAUACCACCCCUUGGGGAAAAUUACUCAACUCAAACCGCUUGCACUCUUGGUCACAGAAAUGAAGAAAUGAACACUGUUAAAUAUCUAUUUAAUACUAUUCACAAAAGUUUUUUUUAAAUUAGUAUUGUUUGUCAGAAAGAGAACCUUUGCAUAUUGACAACUCCCAGGCUGGAGAAGGAUUGCAAUAGUUUGACACUUUGGUGUAUAUAAUUAUAAAUUUUGUUUUGCAAAAUAUAUGCUUGUACAGUUCUAUAUAUUUGUACAAUGAAGUGCCACAAUGCAGUUUUUCACUGCAGCUUUGACAGAUGAGUCUCUCAGUCUCCUAACAGCUGAUGGAAUCAAUAUGGUCAUUUGGACUUUAGUCCAGAUUUUCAUUUAUUUGGCAGGGUCCACUCCAUUGAGAUGGAUAGAUCAUCUUCUUAUGUCCUAUCCAUUACGAUGGUUUGCAUGUUUGUUUUCCACUGUUUGAUUGGCAAGCACAAACUAAAACUUUUAAAAGAAAUUAUUUGCAUUUUUUAACAAAAAACCAAGCAAUAACAGUAGUAAUGCUGAAAUUGCCAGCCUACUGCCGUGUAUCAUUCUACCUCAGCUUUCAUCCACCUACCAUGACCAACUUAACCUUGUCAUCCAAUGUGCGGUGAGCUGGAAAGACCAAAGUUAUCUGCUAACCCAGACAUGCAGCCAAUGUAGUUCAAUCUGAAAUAAUGAUCUGGUUGUCCAUCUACACAGUAGACAUCACUGUACAUAUUGACUUUCUGGGUUAUGUGCAAGAACAUUUCCCCAUUCCAUCUUUAAUCCCCACACUUGGCCUUCCAUCAUACUGUACGAGUGCUGGUCAGUAACGUCCACAUCCUAAUGAAGUAAUGGGCACUAAGCAAGAUAAGUUUCAAGACAAAUCUCAUACAGAAUUUCAAUGAUGGAAGGAAAAGAAAUGUAUCCCAUAACUGGAUUCAAAUUACUAGUUUAAGAUUGGACUCAACUUGUACAAUGAGUGCAUGGUAACAACAGGAAUAGGUAGGGAUAAUCAAGACCAAUUUGUGACUAUGCAGUGAUUGAAACGGACUUUUGCAAGGCACUCUUGAAUUUCAAUAGCUUUUUGAACUCUGACCAUUUCAAGCUAACAGUGAAAAUUGGGGGAAGAGAGGUUUGCAGCAAAUUUGCAAAGAAUCUUCAAUAUCACCCUGUGGAAAGCAUGAUGCCAUUGGUGCAUCAGCAGAAGUCUUAAUCUGUAGGUAUGCACUUUGUAGAAGGGAGCUUGGCCUCGUGCUGGUCUCAUUGAGUGUGCAUCUCCCCUUUUGUACUAUUCCUACAGUGUGAACUGCAAACCAAGAGAUUUCAAAUUCUGUCAUUGCUAAGAGGAAUAGUUACUGCAGUUGCAACUAGCCAAAAAAAAGAGGAACAACUUCACAGACUCACCAAUAUCUUAAACCCAAAUACAAGAUCGUAAGAUUAAAAAUAAACACAUGCCGGAAAUGAAAAGCUUUAAAGAAACAUGCAAAAUACCAGACCUGUGCAAAAGUUGAUCAAAAUCUUAAGGGUCUCUGUGAGGAUAAGGGUCCCCACCCUAUGAUGAUACCAACAUGCUAGUUUUUAUUCUUCAAUGCCAAAACACCACAAACCACUAACACUGAUGAAUAUGAUUACAACAGAUCAGCAAAUUAUCAUCCAAAGAUGAGGAGGUGAGUUGUCAUCUUGGGGAAUGUCUUGUUCUGAAGUAUUUGAUGUAUUUUGUAAGUGUGACCCACAUUACAGCAAAUGUAUGUUUGAUACCUUUUCAUAAAAAAUGCUUUCUGCAUACUAAUAUCUGCACUACAUACACUAAUGCAGUUUAUUUGGAUAAGCUCCUACAUUCAGCAUUUAAAAUGAUGUAUAAAUUGAACAGUAUUCUGUAUUGGUGUAAUAUAGUUUUUCAUGUUUUAUUCUCUGAUUGCAGUAUUUUAUACAUUUGUUUAUUGAUGCUUGUAUGUAGCAUUAUAUAUGUUUUUAAAAGUUUUACAAAUAGAAAAAAAUGAUAUCCAGCUGUUACUGUUGUUUGCCUUGUUAUUCCCAUUUUAGUUUCUGCAUUUUUAAUGUGUUGCAUAAUGCUACUCGGGAUUGAUUAUUGCCACCAUCCUCCUUUUCCUUGACCUUCAACUACCUCCCAAGUUUUCAGCUAGAUCCUGACCCACUGCACAGUACCUUUCAGACUUGGGAUUCAGGGAUCCAUUCUCUGCAUCAA